UUAAUUCUUCAUUAAAUAGCUUCCCCUUUAAUGGCUUUUUCGGGGGAAGUUGCACCUCCUAGGUCCUGCCAGCAGCAGCUCUCCCCAGCAUGACAGCUGCCCCGAGCCUGGGGCCCAGGGCAGCCAGCCUUAGCUUCUUGCUCCUGCUUUCCUUCUGGCGGGACCCAGGUGUGGGAGCUAAGGAGCUGAAGUUUGUGGCACUGGUUUUUAGGCAUGGAGACCGAAGUCCCAUUGAAACCUUUCCUAAUGACCCCGUUAAAGAAACCUCAUGGCCACAAGGAUUUGGCCAACUCACUCAGUUGGGCAUGGAACAGCAUUAUGAACUUGGAGAGUAUAUAAGGAAAAGAUAUGGAAAAUUCUUGAAUGAGUCCUAUAAACAUCAACAGGUUUAUGUUCGCAGCACAGACAUUGACCGGACAUUGAUGAGUGCCAUGACAAACCUUGCAGCCCUGUUCCCCCCCGAGGGUAUUAGCCUCUGGAAUCCCAACCUGCCCUGGCAGCCCAUCCCAGUGCACACAGUCCCUCUUGUGGAAGAUCGGUUGCUAUUCCUGCCUUUCAGGAACUGCCCUCGUUUUCAAGAACUAGAGAGGGAGACUUUGAAAUCGGAGGAAUUCCAGAAGAGGCUGCAGCCUUACAAGGAUUUUAUGGAAACGCUGCCCAAACUUUCAGGACACCAUGGCAAGGACCUUUUCGGAAUUUGGAGUAAAGUCUACGACCCUUUAUUUUGUGAGAGUGUUCACAAUUUCACGUUACCCUCCUGGGCCACAGGGGACACCAUGACUAAGUUGAAAGAAUUGUCAGAAUUGUCCCUCCUGUCCCUGUAUGGAAUUCACAAGCAGAAAGAGAAAUCUAGACUACAGGGGGGUGUCCUGGUUGGUGAAAUCCUCAAUCAUAUAAAGACAGCAGCUCAACCAUGGAACCACAGAAAGCUUAUCAUGUAUUCUGCACAUGAUACUACUGUAAGUGGCCUACAGAUGGCGCUAGAUGUUUUCAACGGAAUCCUUCCUCCCUAUGCUUCCUGCCACUUAAUGGAAUUGUACCUUGAGAAGGGGGACUACUUCGUGGAGAUGUACUAUCGGAAUGAGACUCACCAUGAGCCAUAUCCCCUCACGCUGCCAGGCUGCACCCCCAGCUGCCCACUGACGAAGUUUGCUGAGCUGGUUGCACCUGUGAUCCCCCAAGACUGGUCCACGGAGUGUAGAAUCACAAGCAAACAUGAAGUCCUAAGGCUCAUCCUUGCCAUUGCCUUUUGCCUGGUGUCUGGUAUUCUAGUGGUGCUUCUAUUUACCCUCGUCCGCCAUGGGCCCUGCUGGCAGAGAGACUCCUAUCGGGACAUCUGAACAGACAGCUGAAGAAGGGCGGACAUGCCAACCUUCUGUGAAGCAGCAUCUCUCAGUGACACAGGAUUCAAAGGACAGUUUCACCAUGUGGGUGCAACCCUGCCCACACUCUUCCUUUUGAGUCUGCCUAGAGCAGGAACUCACAGUGAGUGACCCAGAGACAGCUGCUGGACUGACUGAUGAAUGAACACCCAGGUUGCUUGGUUAGGUCUCAUCGCAGUGCAGGCUUCUCAUUCGGCUAUGUCUAGGAAGAAGUUCUCUGCAAACAGUUGUAUUCUCUGGCACAGAUGUCCAGACAGAAACAAGAAGCCAAACUCCAAUCAACCUUUAGCCUGCAAAGAUCAAAAGGUUACAAGGUGUGGCAAAGACAUAGAUUAAAGAAGCCUGGAUAAUUGGGGGGGGGCGGUGAUUAGAUUAGCAGUAGAAUUAUAUAGGAUGAUCCUUAUAAAAUAAGACCCAAUCAGAAGGUUUAAUAAAUUUGGUUGU